AUGAGCCAGAUUCUGUUCCAGCAGUUGGUUCCGUUGCAGGUGAAAUGCAAAGACUGCGAGGAAAGGAGAAUAAGUGUUAGAGUGAGCAUUGAACUCCAAUCAGUUUCUAAUCCAAUUCACAGAAAGGAUUUAGUUAUUCGACUGACUGAUGAUACUGAUCCAUUUUUUUUGUAUAACCUCGUUAUAUCUGAGGAAGAUUUUCAAAGUUUAAAAUUCCAGCAAGGCCUUCUGGUAGACUUCUUAGCUUUCCCACAAAAAUUUAUAGAUCUCCUUCAGCAGUGUACUCAAGAACAUGGCAAAGAAAUUCCAAGGUUUUUGCUACAGUUAGUUUCUCCAGCAGCCAUUUUGGAUAACUCACCUGCAUUUUUAAAUGUGGUGGAGACAAAUCCUUUUAAGCAUCUUACUCACCUGUCACUAAAACUUUUACCUGGAAAUGAUGUGGAAAUAAAGAAAUUUCUAGCAGGCUGUUUGAAAUGUAGCAAGGAAGAAAAAUUGUCAUUGACACAGUCACUAGAUGAUGUUACUAGGCAACUGAACUUGACACAAAAGACAUUAUCAGAAAAAAUCCAAGAACUAGAUAAGCUACGGAAUGAGUGGGCAUCACACACAGCAGCACUGACAAAUAAGCAUUCUCAGGAACUGACAAAUGAGAAGGAAAAGGCCUUGCAGGCACAGGUUCAGUAUCAACAGCAGCAUGAACAACAGAAAAAAGAUUUAGAAAUUCUUCAUCAGAGGAAUAUGAACCAACUACAAAACAGACUGUCUGAGUUAGAAGUGGCUAACAAAGACCUAACUGAAAGGAAAUAUAAAGGAGACUCCACUAUCAGGGAACUUAAAGCAAAACUCUCUGGUGUUGAAGAGGAGCUCCAGCGUGCUAAGCAAGAAGUCCUCUCUUUGCGAAGAGAGAAUUCUACACUAGAUGCUGAAUGCCAUGAAAAAGAAAAGCAUAUUAAUCAGCUACAAACAAAAGUGGCUGUUUUAGAACAGGAAAUCAAGGAUAAGGACCAGCUUGUUUUAAGAACAAAGGAAGCAUUUGAUACAAUCCAGGAACAAAAGGUGGCUUUAGAAGAAAAUGGAGAAAAAAGUCAAGUGCAACUAGAAAAACUUGAAGCUACAAUAAAAUCAUUAUCAGCAGAACUUCUUAAGGCAAAUGAAAUUAUUAAGAAGUUACAAGGGGAUCUGAAAACUUUAAUGGGAAAGUUGAAACUGAAGAAUACAGUUACUAUUCAGCAAGAAAAACUCUUGGCUGAGAAGGAAGAAAAAUUACAAAAAGAACAAAAGGAAUUACAAGAUGUUGAACAGUCUCUCCGAAUUAAAGAGCAAGAGGUAUGCAGAUUACAAGAACAAUUAGAAGCUACAGUUCAAAAACUUGAAGAAAGCAAACAGCUUCUGAAAAAUAAUGAAAAGUUAAUCACAUGGUUAAAUAAAGAACUAAAUGAAAAUCAAGUAGUGAGAAAGCAAGAUGCAUUGGGAUCUUCUACCACUCCACCUGCACAUUCUAGCAGCAACACAAUCAGAAGUGGAAUUUCUCCUAACUCUAAUGUGAUUGAUGGUAGACUGACUUACCCAGCUUGUGGGAUUGGGUAUCCUGUCUCCUCUGCAUUUGUGUUCCAGAAUGCAUUUCCACAUCCUAUAUCUGCCAAAAAUGCCAUCCAUCCAGUUUCAGGACCAAAGGUUCAGUUUAAUUUACCAUUUACAAAACCAAAUACUUCUGUAGGGGAUGUUCAAUCAGGAGCAACUAUUAAUAUGACUUGCUCAACUGAUAAGGAAAAUGGUGAAAAUUUGGGACUAGAAUCCAAAUAUCUGAAGAAAAGGGAAGACAGCAUUCCUUUACGUGGGCUCAGCCAGAAUCUAUUUAAUAACCCAGACCAUCAGAAAGAUGGCACUCUUGGCACAUUACAGACCUCAUCAAAACCCGUAAUGCUCCCUUCUACAUCUUCAGCCUAUUUCCCUGGGCAGCUACCAAACAGUUAA